AUGGCCUUCAAUAAGUUGUCACAAGCUGCAGUUCUGAAGCAAAUUCUGAAAAAGUGUUCAAGUUUGUGGAAGAAACAUGGUUACAACGAUGAAGAUCAAAGUUUUAUUCCCCUUGAUGCCCCCAAAGGACAUUUUGUAGUAUACUUUCGUGAGGUGAUGAUGUUAAGAACAACAGGAUAUGAUGAAUUUCGUGAAGAAGCCUUGGUUCAGAUCGAGGAUUUGAGGAAGGCAAAUGAAACUCUAAACUUGGAAGUGGUGGUUCUGCGCGAGGUGGAAGUGUUGAUUGUAACAUUGGCUAGUUACCGCAUGAUCUCCCUAAAACGCCACCAAGGGCCAUGA